AUGGCAGGCUCAUCUGGAAGUAGGGCCGACAGCCCAAUCUUUACCACCAUUGAAGUCGACAACUACGAUGAAUACAACGACAAGAACGAUUUCAAACGCCGCAUCUCAAACAUAACGACGACUUCUGUAUCUUCAUUUCCUGAUUCGGCUUGGCCUUCUGACUCUGACGUUCAUCCAACUGCAAAACCUCGACCAGCUUAUCGUGUUGGAAGUAUCCGCCGCUCACAUUUGCCUGAACGCCUGUCGCCAUCUUCUUUGCGACCUUCAAGACAUUCGCCUCAUCGCCCAAGAAGUAGAGGCGAAGGUGGUCGUCCUAGAAGUAAGGGAGAAGAUAUUACCCGCCGGGACGAACCGUCAGAAACACCAGCUCCUCUGGUCUUACUGCAUGUCACUGUUCUACCUCCGCGUCUGCCAUGGAAUCGCACAGUCCUCGAUGCAACACUGCCUAUAGAGCUCAAGAGGCAGUUUGGAGUGCUGCGGGCAGCAACAUCAGGACUAGUGGCACAAAGAGGCAUCCUCAUUGCUCAUCCACGAGAAGAGUUCGAGUUGUUGGAAGAAAGUGUGCUUGAGGCUUUGGAUCUGCUUCCUGAGCGCAUUGGUUAUGAUGGACAGUACAGACCUCGUACACCAAGCACUGUAGUAGAAGGCGACGCAGAUGACGAAGAGGAGACAGAUGUCCAGCCCUGCGACACAUGCCAGCGCGUUCAUGUCGGCGAUGCUUGGUCCGUCAGAGUCUACGCUGCUAAUGGUCUCAUGCGCGCUGGCGCUUGGGCUGCUUGUUGGUCUGAGAUGGAGAGAGUUGAUUGCGAAGUUCGACCAUGCAUCUCAGAACGAAUCAGCAGAAGUCUUGAUGAGAUGCAACUGGCGGAGGACAUCGCCAAUGAACGAGGAACCCAUCGCAGCCCAGAGACCCAACAUACGUCGCCUACUACUUCCAGACCUACUUCCACUCUUCAGAAUGACCUUCCACCCAUUUACCGUCCCAAGGAUGUUCCCUUGGGUCUUCUGUUGCGCAACUACCUUUACCUCGUUUUGCGCGACCGCCGAAACAUUGCCAUUUGCAUCCUCGGCUUGACCUUACUGGCGUCUACCUUUCAUGGUGUAUUUGCUAUGCAAGCGUCUGAUACAAGCAACACUGGUCUGGUAGCAAGUAAUGUUGAAGCAGUCAGCGAACUUCCAAUCUUACCAGUCGCAUCGCCCCGGACUGAUGUGGGCCAUGGAAAGAGACAUCCUAUGUGGACGACAAGCCAAGGGGAGUCACGGAAGGAUGUCGAAUCUCAAAGGUUCUCUCCUGCUGAUGAGAAAUCCGAAUUUGAUCAAACAACUGGACCUGUAUCCAGAAGCGUCACUGAAGACCAAGCAAUCCAACCCACAGUUGCUGCCGCCACGAGCUUGGUCGCCACAAACCUCGACAUCUCCGCAGAGACCUCUUCCACCCGUUCGCCAAAUCCAGCUUUCUUGCCAUUCCUCCAAGGACGCAAUCAGUGCAGCACAAACGACCAGCAGCCCUAG